UUGCGCAGUGGAAAUCCGCACCGGGGAGCUGCUGAGGGGCGCCGUUGUCAUGUGAAAGCGCACAUGCUCUGCCAUCCACGCGCACCCCCCUCUCUUCUGCCUCCGCGUGUUUUUCCUGUUUUUUCCUAACGUAACUCCUUUCCUCCUCCUCCUCCCCUGCUCAGCCACCCGCCGCCGCUCCGCCGCCCGGGCGACCCCCGCAGAGGCUCCGCGAGGGCAGUCGCGGGGCGGCCGCCCCGGAGGAUUGCGCCCGGUGGCGGGCAGCCCGCGGAGCCGCGCCCCGCGGAGCCGCCCCGGAGGUAUGGUUUUCCCGGCAGAGCAGAGCUGCGGCGGCUGCCGCCUUCGCGGGUGUUGAGACGGGAUCUGUGCGGUGCGGCUCCCGGGCUCCCAGCUUCAUGACUGCGCGGAGCGGGGAGCCAACACCAUGCGAGCACAAAUUGAAGUGAUACCAUGCAAAAUCUGUGGUGAUAAAUCCUCUGGAAUACACUAUGGAGUCAUCACAUGUGAAGGCUGCAAGGGAUUCUUUAGGAGGAGUCAGCAGAACAAUGCAUCCUACUCCUGUCCAAGACAGAGAAACUGUUUAAUUGACAGAACCAACAGAAAUCGUUGCCAACACUGCCGACUGCAGAAAUGCCUUGCCCUGGGAAUGUCUCGAGAUGCUGUGAAAUUUGGAAGAAUGUCCAAAAAGCAGAGGGAUAGCUUGUACGCUGAAGUGCAGAAGCACCAGCAGCGACUACAGGAACAGCGGCAGCAGCAAAGUGGUGAGGCAGAAGCCCUUGCCAGGGUUUACAGCAACGGCAUCAGCAAUGGCUUGAACAACCUGAAUAACGAAACUGGCAGCACCUACUCAAAUGGGCAUGUCAUCGAUCUGCCGAAGUCUGAGGGUUAUUAUAAUGUGGAUUCUGCCCAGCCCUCCCCAGACCAGUCUGGAUUAGACAUGACUGGAAUCAAACAGAUAAAGCAGGAACCUCUCUAUGACCUCACCUCUGUACCAAACUUGUUUACCUACAGCUCUUUCAACAACGGGCAAUUAGCACCAGGGAUAUCCAUGAGUGAAAUAGAUCGAAUUGCACAGAAUAUCAUUAAAUCUCAUUUGGAGACAUGUCAAUAUACAAUGGAAGAAUUACAUCAGCUAGCAUGGCAAACCCACACAUAUGAAGAAAUUAAGGUUUACCAGAGCAAGACCAGAGAAGCUCUGUGGCAGCAGUGUGCCAUUCAGAUCACCCAUGCUAUCCAGUAUGUGGUGGAGUUUGCAAAGCGCAUAACAGGCUUCAUGGAGCUCUGCCAGAAUGACCAAAUUCUCCUCCUUAAGUCAGGCUGCUUGGAAGUGGUUUUGGUGAGAAUGUGCCGUGCCUUCAACCCACUCAACAAUACUGUUCUGUUUGAAGGAAAGUAUGGAGGAAUGCAAAUGUUUAAAGCUUUGGGCUCUGAUGAUCUGGUAAAUGAAGCGUUUGACUUUGCAAAGAAUUUAUGUUCCUUACAGCUGACUGAGGAGGAGAUUGCCUUGUUUUCAUCUGCUGUUCUGAUAUCACCAGAUCGAGCCUGGUUAAUAGAGCCAAGGAAGGUCCAGAAGCUUCAGGAAAAGAUUUACUUUGCACUUCAACAUGUGAUCCAGAAGAACCACCUUGAUGAGGAGACACUGACAAAGUUAAUAGCCAAGAUACCAACAAUUACUGCACUUUGCAACUUGCACGGAGAGAAACUACAAGUAUUUAAGCAAUCUCAUCCAGACAUAGUGAACACACUGUUUCCUCCAUUAUACAAGGAGCUUUUCAAUCCAGACUCAACCACUGGCUGCAAGUGAAGGGGAUAAUAGAAUUUUCACGUAGUCAUGGAAUGCAUCACUAUUAAGACAAAAAGAAAUGUUUUCAUGAAGAACUUAUUAAAAAUGUCACUACUGCAACACUAGGAAUGUCCUGCACUUAAUAGAAUUAUUUUUCACCGCUACAGUUUGAAGAAUGUAAAUAUGCAACUCUGAGUGGGGAUGUCAUUUUUCUCUUUUCUUUUUUUUUUUUUUUUUUUUUAACUGACAAUGAUUAUACGGAUUUAGGACACUGUGUGUUACCUUUUUUUUAAUUUACGUUUAUUGGGGGAUGUUUUGGGAGACAGCUGUUCCUAGAAUUUUAUUGUAGAUAUACAUGAGAAUAGAGCAGUACUUUGCAGUAUUACUCUUGCUGUUUAUUGUUCAAAUAUUAUUUAAGAAAAUUCCACUUAUUAGAUUGCCUAGUUCUAUGUUUUUAGAUAGUUUAAUGCAUGUGGAAAUUUGUAACUGUCUUGGAAAUUAUGGUGCAUAUAUGGAAUACACACAUAUAUAUAUGUGCUAUAUACUUAUAUAUAUAUAUGAAUAUAUAGAUAGAUAUAUAUAUGUAGGUAUUAUAUGCAUACAUGCCGUCGCUUAAAAAUCACAUGCUUACAUUUAAAGGAUGCUCAGCCCAGCUGUAAUGUAUUUCUUAAUCUCCAAGUAAUGUAUUAGAUUUAUUUUGGGCAAUCAAAAUUUGCUUUGCCAGUCAAGAGUUAAAUUAUCGGUUGCCAAUGUGUAAUGACAGGAUCACUUCUGAGAUAUGUAUAAUGUAGUGCAUGUGUACUGUGUGUAAAUCAAACAUCAGGAAUGUAACAAUGGUUCAAAAGCCUUGUCUGGAUGAUUUUAGUGGAGAAAGGAGUAGUUGGGUUUUUUCUAUUUUCUCACUGUUGCAGGGAUAGAGCAUAUAUAAAAGUGAACAUAGGACCUGAUGUUAGUAAAGUGUCUGGAGUAAAAAUGUAGACUAUCUCAUAUGUACAUUUUUCUGAUUCCACCCAUUUUAUUUUAUAUAUAUUGCUUUGAAAAGUAGUUUCAAGUCUUGGUUUGUUUUUUGCUGAACUCAUUAGAAAGGUAGGUUGGUCGUAAGCUCAGUGAAAACCACAGCAAGCCUAAAAUAUGGCUCUGAAGAGUAGUGGCAGAGGGAGAAAGGGAGGAAAGGAGGAGGAAAGUCAAAGUGGGCAAAGUCCGUGGUUGUUACAAAGGACACUAUAACUAUCACUGUUUCUGAGAGUCAUCAUCUAGAUGGGACUGAGUUUCCAUUACACACAUGCAUCUAUGUAUGUUUUAAACACAUGCAUAUAUGUAUGUAUGUAUCUGUAUGUAUAUAACUGUAUCUAUAUAUAUGCAUAUAAGGAUUUAUUUUAGGCUCAUUUCAGCAGAGGAGCAAAGCAUUGGGGUUUUCUUUUUGUCUCUGAAUGGACUGUAUGUGCAUUUGCUUGCAAAACCAAAGGCAAACACAGAGGGGGGUGGAAGGCUGCCAUGGACUUAAUCUUGUGGAUUAAUUAACUUAAUUAGCAGUCAUGAUUCAUGUAUCUGAAUUCUGCCAGUGAUACGAAACACAGACUUUUUAGCUAUAGAAGAGGGAUUCAGUUUCUGCUACAGCUCUCUUUACCACCCCUUUUACCCAUUGUGAACUUUUCCAGAGAAGUCUCCUCCUGGGAUGCCAGCGGAGGGCAUAGAGCACAAAUAAGAAGCAGCAGCCAGUAGAGAAGAAAGGAAGUGAGACCAGGAUCACAAGCAGAUACCUUUCUUUAUUUCAAACCAUAGAGCAGUGCAAUCUGAGGCAAGGCAAGGGGAAGCAUGUUGGCAGGGAGGCCAAAGAACCUGCCCAUCUGCCCGGGUUUACAGCAGGACAGUGUCACAGGAAGGCCCCAGGGACAGAGGUGGGCCCUAGGGUGGGUGCAGAAACUUGGUUUGUUGUAGCUAUAACUUAAUGACUGGCAGAGCUCUGGUCUCAGUCUUGUCUUUUCUGCAUGACCAAAUAAUUCACUGGCUAUUCCGAGUAUUUCAUGGAGUUUUCCCUUGAGUUUCAUCAGUCAGUUUGCAAGUUUGCAUACAGGUUUCGUGGUAGAAUCGAGUCUAGACAACAUCACAAUUUGUUUGUUCUGUUUUAGCAAUGUCAGAACAGGUACAAGAGUGGUUACAAACUCUCAGCUAAUAAAUAUUUCUCUGUAGGUCCAUUACAAUGUAGAAAAAAUCUGCACAGCAGAUUUAGUUGUGCUGAGAAUUUUGUUGCAAAUAUGACAUUCUCUUUGAAAUUAUUUAAUCCUAUAGAAUAGCAAUUACUAAAAUAUCUUUUUUUGCUCCAAAUUCAGAGCACAUUUCUCUAGUGAUUACAUUAAAAUGUCUUUAAUUAACAUAAUAAAGCAUUGCUCUAGAUGCUUUUUUAUACCACUCUAAGACUGACAUUCCUUUAUAAGGUGAUUUAUCUGUUUGCAGCCCCUUUUGCAUGGCAAAUCCAUGAAAAGGACCACAAUUCCACUUGUUUUUAAUAUCAAAAAACUUAAUUGUGUCUGUCUACUAUUUGUGUGGAUUUAUUUGGGAAAAAAUGAGCCAAAUUGAACUCUAGAAGUGCUCAGUUUUAACUGCAGGGAAGUCGUGUUUUCCUUGUCUUUUCCAACACAAGAACACACACAUAUAUAUUUGUUUGACAUAUAUUAUAAAUCUAUUUUCAGUAUAUCAAAAGUAACAUAUUUAACCAACCCACAGAAAUACAGAAUAAGUGAAUAAGUACUACUGUUUAUAGUGCUAACUAAUAAAGAGGUUUGUCAUGUUUAUAAAUAGUCCUCCACAAUUGCAUUUUACAUCUUGAAAACGUUUUGUUCUUUUCAAAUAAGCUAAUUGUUCCUUGAGAUUUUUGAGUAAUUUCUUAGUCAAGAUAACCAAAUGGAGAUCACCAGUGUAAAAGACAUUAUUUAAUCAUUAUCUGCAGGGCUUUUAAUCCUUAAAGCACUAUUAUUAAAUCACUCCAACCUCAUGACCUUUUCAAUCAGUAACAAUUGUAGCCACAUUUUAAAGAUGUGGAAAUUAAAGAAAUAAAAGUUAAAUGACUUGUAAGAGACCACAGAGAUAGCAAUAUCCAAUUCAGGAAUAUAAAUGGAUUCUUGCCUUUUGUCCUAAAAAUAUUAAGACACUAGCAUACAAAAUCUUAAUUGCCAUUCAUAGGCAUUAGCCUCUGCAAACAAUUACGAAUAUUGCCAAACAAGUUUUUACCCUCCAAUAAGGUUAAUUAUCAGCAUCUUACUCUGUUUUUAUUACUACUUUUACAGAAUUUAAGCAAAUAGCAUUAUUGUUUAUUUGGAAAAUGAAAAUUCAUUUUCAAACAUUAUUUAUUUGUAGUAACUGUAGUGUGGUAACUGUAAAUAUAUUUUAUUUAAUUUUCUCUGAUUUGGGAUUGGCCACGUAGCUGUAAUACUUCUUUUGCCCUUCAUUGACUGACUGUAGAACAACAAAUAAUGAUCACAUGCUACAGGCUGGAUUUUUGUGAUUGGUCUUGAUACAUAGUCAUUUACACUCAAAAUUUCAAAUAUUUGAUAUUGGAUUUCACAUAUGCAAGUUAUCCAGAGACUUUAAAUAAUAAAAUAGCAUGAAUUUUAGUAAAUAACUUCAUAAUUCACUCAAAAAAUCGUUUCAGAAAAUAUUAGUUCUUGAUUUUAGUUUGUCUUGGCUUUCAUUAGUCCACAGUAGUGCCUGAAGCUCUUCAAUUAGAUAUCCAAAAUUAGAAUUUGUCACAUCUUUCUGUAGUUAUGUUUGUUAAUUUUUUUAGUGACAAGCUUUUCAAAUGAGACUCUUUUUUUAAGGAUUGAUUAAACUGGGACCUAUAAAGAAAAGAUAUUUAAAGAGUAUAUUGAAGCUACUACUUCUAGCAUUGCUGUCUGAUAAUUGAACCAUAUUAAUCAAAAUUAUUCUCGGCAUUGAGGAAGCAGAUGUCAACUGUCCAUUAUACUACCACAAAGACUUUAUCUUGGUGUAAAUACCACUCUUACCUGCUCUUUGUUUAAAGGAUUACAAGAUUCGUAUUUCCUUCUAAUGGAGAGAUUGCUUUAGCAAUUACUAGAAAAGAAGCAUGGUAGUAGAAGCCACUUCAGUUGAGCAAACUUAUUUCUGAGAGGAAUAUAUGGGUUUUGAUUGACUUGUGAUAGGCAGCAUUUAGAAAUUUCUUCUGCAAGUUGUCAGAUUCCCUUGGCUCUAACUAGAGUCACUUGAAAAUUGAGGCAUGUAAACACCACACAGAAGGUGCUCAAUCCAUCACGAGGUCAGACGUCCUUAGCCUUAAGAGGUCUCCUAUGAGUUUUGUGGAGCAGAAGGCAGAUGUUAUUCUCAUGCUUGUAUUGGAAAAUUUUGACUUCAUGCUUCCUGUUAUUCUUUUCAGCUCAGUUUAUUUCUUCUGUUACCCCUUGGGCUCCAAUGCUGUUUCAAUACCUAUGCCAGGUUACGGUGCUGCAGAUGGAGCAGCUACCAGACCUGCCCGUGAAGAUGAACUUUAUUAUGUGAUUUUCUUUGUUCAAUGUCAUGGUGGCAGCUUGGUACGGAUAUAUGUUUCCCUUUGGGAUAGUUUGCAGGGAUUUCUGAUAAAAUAACUUCUACUCAAAGAGGGUGCAAAGCUGCUCCUCUGUGCUAGCCUCUUGAUCUCCCACCACCAAGCUGUGGGAACUUCUCCAAGGCUUCAGCAGUCUUACAAAUUGGUCAGGCAGCUUGGUUAGAGAUGUGCAGCUGAUGGCUCCUAUUCCUGUUGACUUUUCCACCUCUCUGAAGUUGUGCUUCAAAGGUAAUUUGAAAGAUGUUCAGGUGCCCGGACUCCUCCUCCCUCCUGACUCUUCACUGAUUGUGCUGUUUCAGAAGAGCCAAGGUCCAACCUGGAAGGUGGUUCUUAGUUUCAGAGUCAUUGGCUGUUGGACAUCUCAGGAAUAUAGGACUUGGCAAUAAGAUCAAACUAAAACAUGGAAGUUGAUUUUUUUUGUCCAAAUUCAUUAUGUCUAAACACAUAUGAAAUGGAAACCUGAGACAGAACAGUUUGCUUUUCCCUAGCCAUAACAAAGUAGUGUAUUUACACCUACCGGCCUGUUCCAGCACUUUCUGCCUCCACUCUAGAAACUAACUCCUGUCUUUGACAUCCAUUAGGAACAGUGUGUUGAAGACCCCCUCCUCUUCUUUACUUUUUAAGUUUCACGCUUUGUAAAUGACAAUCACUGCUUGAUGCAAAUGUUGCACUCUAUGCCACUCAGGGAUAUUUCUUUACUAAAAAUAGCUAUAUAAAUAUAACCGAAUAAGGAAGAGAAUGUUAAAGGCUUUGAAGAGCAUGGGUUGAGCUGCCCAAGUAAACAUGACCCAGACAAGGCUUUCAAGCCAGUGAUUUAAAGUAACAUUGGUAUAAACUGAAUUCACUGUCAGCAUUUCCUCAGCUUGAUCUCACUUCACCCAUUGUUUCACAGUCAGCAGAGUCCUACUGACCCAUCAACUCAUGAUGUUAAGGUCCUUUUGGAAACAAAAUGUAAGUGAGCUUUGUACAAGUUACAGAAUUUAGACAACUGACAAAAGAAAGCGCAGUUUAAGAGUGCUGAGUUUAUAUACAUUAAUGUGAGCUUAUACUCAAAAUUGCUGCAGACAUGUAAGAAGAGAGAUUAAGACAUGGAAUAAGUGAUAGUUUGUCAGCAGUGAUAGGAACACCACCUAGGAUACAGAAAAAUUACUAUAAAGAACAAGUAGGUAUGAGCAAGUGGCUAACAGCUACCAUUUUCUCUCAGGGAUGCAGAAUCAUAGCUAGCCCAGGACUCUGUAGCAAUGCUUCUUCAUAGUACGAUCAGUCCCUUUCUCACCUCAAGAAAACAUUAUCUGAUUUUAUACUGUGCUAGUGAGCUAAAAUUUUGGAAUGUGCUUAUCCCUAGCUUUAAACCACAUGUUUUCUAUAUAUCUGUCAUUACAAGAACACACACAGAAAGAUAAAUUGCAGUCAAAUAGAUUGCCAGUCAUUAAGUUAAUUUCUUGUCUUCAACCAAGAGGUUGUCAUCAGCUCUGAGCAUUGCUUCUAUUAUCACAGUGAGUAUGUAUGGUUUUCUACUCCCUCCAUCCUCUGAACUCCCUACACCUAGAAGACAGAUGGACAGCUUCAAGAGGUGGAGUGGCCAGCAUCCCUGUGCAUCAAGGUUUUCACAAUCAUAAUCUUUACCAACUGUUCCAUUUCAAUUUAUAUUUUAAUCUUUCAGAUUGUUGGGAACCAUGGCCAAGUGACUUAAAUUCUUGUUAGCAUGAUACCUUCCCGUUAAAAAAGACAGUCUUCUGGCCAGAGGAUCUUGUCUCUCUUUCCUUUUCCUUUUACUCCUAGCUCCUAGUGAGUGAGGCCUUAAGUGAUAAAUAUUCAUCUUUGCGCUCAAAGUUGAUCUGUACCUGCGGCUUGCAAAGGGGGCUCCACACAAGUGGUAGGAAGCAGGCUCCUUCCUCCUUUUCCUUCAUGUCCUCACUUAGCUGUGUUGUCCCUGCAUACAUUGUCCCUGAAAAACUGUAUGACAAUGAGCCCAACAUCCCAGUAAUUUGUCAUCCCAGAAGUAGUUUGGAGCUAUAAAAGCCACUCGUGUAUGCAGUUUGCAGACAAAAGUCAUUGUGAAAAGAAGGGACCUAAAAUUUCUACAGUGGUAGCUCACAGAUCAGUAACUCUCCUAAAAAGGUAGCCUGAAUGUCCAGUGACACAAUGGCUGUGUCAGCGUCCUCCAAGUGCUCCUUGCAUUUCAUGUUGAGAGAAUAAAGCAAUGAACAAAAUGCUCUGGGAAAAGAGAGCUAUUUCCUGGGUGUUACUGCAGGCGGCGAGGAUAAUGCUGCUCAUAGUGAGUUCAGUAACAUGGUAUACUACAUUUACAUAUUUUCAUCAUUCUCACAAUUCAAUCACACCACAUUAGGAGAGUGAAAGAAAACAUCAUUGGAUAUAGCAGCAAUAAGUAAAUUAUAAGUGUUUCUUUGUAACUGUACUUGCAGAAAUUAUUUGCUUUGCACGUGGUCUUCUGUACCAUAACAUAAAGAAAAAAAUUCAUCUAAUGUAGAUAUCACAGUGGUUUUGCAUAUUUGUUGAAUUUGUUGGCUAUAGCUGCUAAUUUAUGAACGAAGAUACUGCUGUUGAAAAAAUUGUGCUUCAGGAAAAUGCUGAGGCCUGUGUUUAUGACUAUACAUUGGCAGCAGUAAAGUAUGUUAAAUUAAGACUCUGUCUGGAGAGAAUUAAAAAAAUGGCUCCUAGUUUUCUAUAUUAUGUUGGCCCCUUAUUUGGGGAAAAAGAAUGAAACUGCAUUGAAAACCAAGCAAGGGUGGAUGGUUAACCACCAAGAACAGGAAAGAACAGGCUUUACCUUGAAGACUGUUCCAGAUAAAACCAGCUUGUUAAAAAAAAAAAAAAAAAGCACUUAAACUUGUCUUGAUUAGACACACAGCUUAAUAAGUCAAAGUAACUACAUUAGGCUGUUGACUUUGGGGAUUCAGAUUCAGAUGCACUACAUUUGUGGGUUUUUUAAUGUGUCACUUCAAUGUCAGAAUCAGGCAAAAAAGAUGUUUUGUUGUUAGUAAGAUACACCAAUAAUCAGUUAACCCUACAGAGUGUGGACCACACAUUCUUGUGCAGUAUAUGGGGAUUUAUUCGUGCACUUAUUUUUAAAAAGCCACUGAGUAGCAUAGCUAGUGAACCAGCCAUGAUAGUCCUUGCCUCUUGCGUGACUGCAGUGUGACCUCUAGUACGCUACGGGGAGCGGCUCUGUGAUUGUACUUGUGGCAACAAAUAAAGCACAACUGAACUCUAAGCCGAUAUUAACACUCAGCUAAAUCAAAUGCAUUGGGUAUUUUGAGAUUUAUGCUAAUCGCUGUGAGAUAAUUCCCAUGUUAAACUAAUUACUCUGGUUGUAAUGAACGGAUGAUAUAAAUAAUAUAGGAACCAGAAUAGCAACAAAAUCCCUUAUUUUACAGCUGCACUCUCUGCCUCAUCUGAUUAACACUAAAGAAGUUACUUAAAAACUAAACAAACAAAACAAGAAGAAAGAAACCUGAUUAUGUAUUGUAGAAAUGUAGAAGACAAAUAAAAUAUUUUUUCAAAUGUAAUUACUUUUAAUAUAUGCUUGUGGAAGGUCUGAUAUUAUGUAUGCUGUCUCUGUAAUUUUUGCUGUAAAUAACUUGGGACAGUGAAUACACUGAUUUUUCUAUGUCUCUGUUUAAGCAUAAGACUUUGUAAUGUGUUUUUUUUUAAAGAGGAAAAACAUCAAAGAGCAAAUUAUGUACUUGCUUCCUUUAAAUGUAAUGUACUCUUCAGUUUUUAUGGAAACUGAUUGUAAUAGAUAAAGCCUUUUGACCAGCUGUUGAUAUUUAGUGUAUGCUUCUGUUUGUAACUGGGGGGAAAAAAUAUAUGGGACCGUCAAUGAAA